AUGAACGCCUCGGAUGCCUCGUAUAAAAAGGAGAUGCUCUCUGACAGCGAGUACUCUCCUCCUUCCGAUGUCGAAAAAUCAUCGCCACAGCUCCCCACAACACCCGACCUGCCACCUCUCAACAUUGAGAUCACUUAUCCCGAGGGUGGUCAUGAUGCCUGGAUGGUGGUAUUGGGUGCGUGGUGUGGCUUGACCUCAUCUCUGGGUAUCUACAACACAUGCGGUGUGUUCGAGGUCGUGAUAUCUAAAGUGAUAUUACCGGAGGCUUCAUCAUCUACCCUUGGCUGGAUAUUCUCAGUCUACGCCUUCGUGAACUGGGUCUGUGGAGUACAGAUAGGACCGACCUUUGAUGCAAUGGGCCCGCGUGCACUGAUAAUUGCGGGGACUAUCUGCACGCUGAUUGGCAUUUUCACCCUCAGUGUCUCGACAGAAUACUACCAGAUCUUCAUGUCAUUUUCCAUCAUGACCGGUAUCGGCUCAUCCCUUCUCCUGACACCAUCAAUGGGCUGUGUCGCUCAUUGGUUCAUGGAGCGUCGCGGUCUUGCUAGUGGUAUAGCAUUCAUUGGAGGUGGUUUUGGUGGCGUGCUUUUCCCCCUGAUGAUACAAUCACUCCUCCCUCAAGUUGGCUGGGGAUGGUCGAUCCGGAUCCUCGGAUUUGUGCUGCUUGUACUUUGCACUAUCAGCGUGGCAUUCUGCCGAAGCAGAAUCCCUCCCCGCAAAGGACCGGAGACAACUUGGCGAGAUACAUUGCCGGAUUAUAAAAUCUUCCUGGAUGGGACGGGAGCCAUGACACUCACAACCGCCGGAGUCCUUUUAACGGAUUUGGCGUACUUCAUCCCGAUUACGUACAUACCACGCUACUAUAUCGAUCGACAGCAUCUACCCGACGAGGAUGCACUAUCGGGAUCGUCGGCAUUUGCAUACCAGCUUCUCGCGAUUCUCAAUGCCGCUUCAUGCGUUGGCCGAUACGUCGCGGGCGACAUGGCGGAUCGAUUUGGCCGAUACAAUACGAUGAUUGUCUCGUUAUUCUUCUGCACAGUAUCAGUUCUAGGUUUCUGGUUACCAGAUAUCCUCGCACCAAACCUGGAUUCCUACGCACUCCUGGUGGUCAGCUUUGCGAAACUCAGGAAUACGGACGAUAUUACGCGAGCUGUUUCACGGUAG